AGAGAGAGAGAGAGAAAGUAAUCGAGUGAGAAAGAGAAUGAGAGAGAAAGUGACAUAAUAUUGAGUAAAUCGAAUCAAGGAGUCGCCAUCUUAUCAAAUCGCUUUUUGAUUAACUUUCAUUCACUCAUUAACGAACGUUCAAAACAGGCCUUAAACGGGUCUGAUUGAAUAGCGAAAGUUUUUACAAUAAUAAACACAAUUAACGGUAAAAAGUUUCUUCUAAUUUCUCCAAUUUUCUAAUCAAUUGACUUUUCCUUACAUUUUUUUCCUCUUGUUUUACUUUACAAUUUAAAAUCAUCACAGUUAACAAAAUACAAUCAUAUUGAUUUGAAAAUCUAUUUAAUCGUCAACAUAAUCAGACCAGCAAUUAAGGUCUAAACUUUUGUUUGUUGUUUAUUUUUCGUUGUAACGAUAAAUACGUUCGAUAAGUUUUUUCUCGUGAAAUUUUGACCAACAACAAUUGCGAAUCAUCAUCAGCGUAACUUUUGUGUUCGUGUAAUGAAACCAAUUAAAACAAAUGUCGCCAUCCUUUUGGCCUUGGGGCUUUGUUGUUGUCUCGUAGUGGAUUCAUUGAAUUCAUCAUCAACCGAUAGCAAUAAUCAAACAUUGAGUCCAACCGAUGAGAGUGAGUCCAAUGAAUCAGGUCAACUUUUAACAUCUCAAAAAGACCAACGGACUAAAAAUGAAAACAUCGAUGAUUUAACCAGAUUAGUUAAUUUAACCGAAAUCAAUAGUGGUAAUAAUUUACCUUCCAAUGACAGUUUCAUAAUCGAUACAUCAGCUGUUGAUUAUGAAAUAGGUGAAGAUGCAAGUCGAUCAUCAAUGACCGCAAUUGAAACAGGUUCAAUUAGGAAAAUUGAUUCAGAUGAUGAAUUUAAUUCAUCCGAUUUAUCAACUUUAGACUCAAUCGUUACCACCAAUGGUUCCCAAGUCACAGGUAAUUCCGACCCAACAAACGAAUCAGGUAACGAUGAAAACGAUUACAACGAUUCGUCAUCUUCCUCAUCAUUAUCUUCGUCAUCAGCCCAACUAUCGGCACCAUCUUCGUCCUCUCCGUCAGUUAAAUCAUCCACCGAAUCGGAAGCUCUGGAAAUGCUCCUCAAUUUCCUCAAAGAUUCCGUCGGUAAAAUGUUAAAAGCCGCUCUACCAACGAUAGUUCAAAGCGGCAUGGAGGCCAAUGUAUCCGCUCAGUGUGCCAAUAGUUUCAUGGUGCUGACCAGUGGACUUCAACAAGGAAAAGACUGGGCUUUCAGAAUGUUGGAUUCUUCCGGUAAACCUCCAAGCGGAAUAUUGGAAGGAACUCUAACUGAUUUUGGUUCUUUCGAGCAAUGUAUCGACUUGAGGGUUCCAUCAAAUGAUCCAUCGGCACCCGGUGAAAGAGAUUAUCUUGAAGGUCGAUACUGUGUAAUGGACAUUAAAGCCGCUCUUGAGGAAAACGUUGAUGUAGCCAGAAGACCAAGUAACAUACCAGAAGACUCAGUUGUUUGGAAUAGGGCACUUAGGGAAUUCUGGUCACGUAAUAGUCUUUUAUCCUUCCGUUAUGGUCUUUGUAUACCAUCAGCUUGUCACCGAGAAGAGAUCACCGAGCUUGCCAAUUACCUCGCUGAACCAACAGGUAUGGAAGUUAAUGUUAAUUACUGUCAAACCAAAAAAGGUUGGAAAAUUGAUAAAACACAAAUAACAAUAAUAUCAAUUUUAUCGGCAAUCAUGAUAAUGGUUAUAAUUGGAACAAUAACAGAAUUAAUUCUAUCACAUAAAAGUGAAAAGAAAUUAUUUAUUGGAGAUGAAAGAUCAUGGAAACAUUUUAUUCUCGCCUUCUCCUUGAAACGAAACACAAAGAAACUUCUCGACGCUGGUAAGAAACCUUAUUCUUCACCUUUGCGACAUCUUGAUGGGAUCCGAUUCUUUUCCGUCCUAUGGAUCAUAAUGGGCCACACCUAUUUCUAUACCGAUUUUGUCCAUUACCACCAUUACCGUCGACUUAAACAUAUCCAAGAGAUUGAUGAUGAUUUUAUAUUCAUGCCCAUCGCUAAUUUUACUCUUUCUGUUAACACUUUUUUCUUCAUCAGUGGACUAUUGGUUGUCUAUGCUAAUUGGAAGAAAUUAACUGUCUCCGAAGGUAAAAUCAGUAUAACUGAUUUCUUUAUCCAUAAAGUAUGGAGAAUUUGGCCUCCAUAUUUGGCUACCAUUGGACUUGUCAUGAUCAUGCCACUUAUCGGUUCCGGUCCAUUGUGGCCUCAGGCUGUUGAAAAUACGGCUCAGCUUUGCAGGAAAAACUGGUGGACCAACAUUCUCUUCUUGAAUAAUUUCCUCGCACCAGAUCAAUUGUGUCUUCUUCAUACCUGGUUCCUUGCAGCUCAUAUGCAAUUUCAUUUAUUCUCAGCCAUCAUUUUGUAUAUUCUUUACAGAUUUCCCAAAUUGACCAUUUUGUUACUCUCAUUCUUUACCAUUCUUUCUGGAAUUGGUGUUUACAUUUACACAAUAAUCAACAAUUUAAGAUGGCCAACCGUAAUUGCUGACGCUGUUUUCACCGAUUACACUCAGCGUAUAUUAACUUUGUACAUUAUGCCUUACAAUCAUCUAGGAUCUUAUUUAGUGGGCAUUGUUGGAGGUUAUUAUCUAGUUAAAUAUAAGAAUUCAAUGAUCUCAACGAAAACCCAAACCAUUGCAUGGAUUGGAUCGCUUUCAAUGAUGAGUUUAAUUAUCUUCGCACCUCAUUCAGCAUUUGCCGGAACCAUGCCAAGCCUCACAGAAGCUGCUGUCUACCUGAGUGUCCACCGUACAGCUUGGGCGAUCGCCCUUGGGUGGCUCAUUUUCGCCUGUUCAACUGAACGAGGCGGUUUCAUCAACUCUCUCCUCUCUUGGAAUGCCUUUGGUCCACUGAGUAACCUCAGUUACCUCGCUUACCUUGUCCACCCUCUGCUUAUGCUUUUCCAUACAGGAAGAACUCGAGAAAGGGUUUACUUUGGUCACUACGAAUUGUUUAACAUCUUCCUUGCUCGAACAGUGAUGGCGUUUUUCUUAGCCUACAUACUCUAUGUGACAGUUGAGCUUCCCUUUGCUGCUUUGGAAAAAUACAUUUUCCACAAGAAACCAAAAAAUAGACCGGAAACAGUAUCUGAAUAUCGUGCCAACGCUAUUGGCCCAGUUUUCGCCAUUGUCGGUAAAAACAUCCCCCACUUGACCAGCUCUAAGAAAGUGACAUCCGAUUCUGUAUAAAGACAAAAGAGAAAUCACCUAUUCUCAUCAUUGAUUGUUCAUAACAAUUAACAUCCAGAACUCGAUAUAAAUCACAAAAAGCUUAACAAAGUUUCAAUUAAUUGGAUUUUAAUUAGUACACAACUUUAACCGAAUUCCUAACAAUUGGCUUCCAAUUGAUUAAACUGGACACAAAACAUUUUGAUUAACAUUUAAUUAUCAAAAUAAUCACCAGUCUCAAUAUCAUCAUAUUAAUCAAUCUAUUAAUUAUUAUUAUUUAAUAGAUCCAUUUAUUGUUAAGUUGUUUUUUUUUGGUGAAAGCAAACAAUUAAUAUUAUUUUUUCCAAUUAAGGAAAUAAUUUAAUCAUUUUCUGGGUCCAAAUAUCUAAAAAAACAACAACAAUUAUCUUCAAGUUUUUAUCCGAUUGGAUUUUCAUUAUGUACAUUAUCAUCAUCAUCAUCAUCUUCAUCAUCGUUAUCAUCAUCACCUUCCCAACACCGGAAGCCAUAUUAACCGGAAGGUUUAUAUCUUAAUAUGGCAAAAGGAAACUUCAAUUGAUUGAUAUAAAAAACGCACAAAUUUUACCUAAAUUAUUAGAUUGCAAUCAAUUA